AUGCUCGCUUCCUUGCUUGCAGCGUUUCUCAUCUUGCACAUUCACGCUCAUGCACCAAGUGCUGUCAUUAUUCCAGCACAUCAAUUUGUCGCACCCCGAUAUGUAGCAAUAGGAGGAAGUGGUGUUCGUCAGGCCAACAUUUACAGCCCCGUCUGGCCACGAAUGAUCACCGCGGCAAAUGCAGAUGUAAUGUACGGAAGCCAAGAGAUCGCAGAUUUCCUAGGAAUUCCGGCAUUCUAUUGGAUGAUAUUGUUUUUUAUCUCCGUUAUUGUGACAGCUGUUGGUUUACUAUCGCUAAUUGUAUUCUUCAUAAGGCGUCAACAAGAAAGCUUAAAACGAGUUGAACAACGUCGCUAUAAGGCAUAUUGCAUGCCAUUGUAA